CUUUUACCGUUACGUCGUCGCCGCGACCGACGUUUUUCCCUUUUUAUUCCUCGGCGCGCUGCGCAAUGCUCCAGGAAUUGUCGCACAUGGACCGUAUAACGCAACUUCAGGAUGAAAUUGAACAGCUCCUCACUAUCAUGUCGAACAGCCUCGCCUACCUCACCUCUCGGUCGAAUUUUCUUCAAGUCAACGCGGCUGUUCCUGUUACAAAGUCGAGGAACCCAGAGAAGUACGAUGCCGUAGAGAUCUUUGAAGGCAAUAAACGGGAACUCGUUACGGACUUGUUGACGAAGGCAAAGCAAGUUGAAUAUCUCAUACAGUCCCUGCCACAGCCAGAGGAAGAGGAAAAUCAGGCAAGGAGACUGCAAAGGCUUGAAGAAGAAAUGAGCGUGGCUAACGCUGAAUACGCCGGCGCUCUGAAGAGGACGAAGAGCCUCCAUGCGCAAGUGUCGGAAAUUCUCAAAACGAUGCUUUCCGACAAUCAUAGUCUUGCUCGAUGAAUUUGUUGCCUGAUCGCUAGCGGCUGGUCUAGCCAUUGUGGACACGAACGAGGAUGUGCCGACGCUCACUCCGGUGAUGACACCAAUGUACUUCGCUGAGUGGCCAGGCCCUCCAUUUACCGGCGCUGGCCGUACCGUACUUCUAUUGACGUAUGUACGGUCAUCCAACACGGAGGGAGAGCGGGAAAUGUUUACCGACGUCGCGACUUGCCUUCAAUCGAUUGUGAAUGUCAAUCUUGCUAGCUACUUGGCGAAUGGUUAAGCGACGUCAGUGCCUUGUCGAUACGUCGGUGAAAGAUCCUAUCUACGUCUGCCAGCCGAUUCGAACAGUACGGAUCUGAUGGCGGCUCCGCUCUGUACGCGCUCAAUAACCCGAGCAAGCCGUCGCCGGUAAUCUACUCUGGCAUGGAUGGCGUUAGAGCAGCGGUCCGCU